AUGCCUGAAGUGGUGGACGAGCUGAAGUUAUUCCUGACCAACUUGGCAAAAGGGUCCGAAUCGGUUGACGCGAAGGAUCUGUUGAGCGCAGGGAUCGCCGAUAAGUCCGUCUUACAACACAUCGAGGCCAAGCUCGGGGGGAGCCCCUGGAAUGUGAAAGGAUUGAUAGACCUGGGGAUUAACACCAUUCAAAGGGGACACACAGGUGAGGAGCGUGACGACGAGAGAGAGGACACACGUGAGGAGCAGCUUGAGGAGGAGCCUGCGGAGGAGCACGAACUGGGGCAGCGGCAAGACAGCAGGGACAGCAGCGAUGACUUCAUUUCCGACUUGGGGAGUGCGCGCGUGGCGAGGGGCCAAUUGGGGACCCCCGUCGAUGGGGAGAGCUACGGGGGUGGCGGCGACUCAGACGAUCCCGCCGCUGACCAGGACGAUGACCAGGACGAUGACCAGGACGAUGACCACGACGCUAACCACGCCGCUACCCCUGCCGCUAAUCACAAUGGCGGCCGAACUGCUGAGCGGCGCGACCGCCAGGGGGAGACGCCCAUCAAGGAAGUUCGCUUCUUUCACGAAAACGUAAAGGUGAAGAGCUGCGCCUCCUUGGCAGAGGCAGUGAAGAGGGAGGCACAGCAGAGCUGCAUCAACCUCCACCCGGUGGUUAAAGAGUUCAUCUGUUUGUUGGUUUUUCUGUUCGCCCGCAUACGGGAGGAGGGCGCCUCGUGCGGGGAGAGCGCCGACCAGAGUGGAGACCACAGUGGCGACGUCAGCAGUGAUGGCAGAAAAGGCAACGUGCCGCGCGGCGGAAGAACAUGUAACUUGCUUCGCCAGGGGCGCGGGGGAGCCACCCCCUACGCGCUGCUCCGGAAGACGUCCACCGCGGAAUACGUGGAAUAUGGGGAGGACCCCCCAAGUGAGUACCAACGGGAGAGAAGAAAUAAAACCAAAGUGAAUCACGUGAACAGGUCAGGUCAAAAAUGCACCCCCAUCUGCAAAAACGCAUGCUGGAAGGAACCCCCCGGGGGGGAAGCCCAUUCAUCAAACUACAGCUGUAGUAGUGGGGAGAGUGGCGACGAAGAGGGGCACUACCUCCCCCUCAGGGGGUACCCAAAUGGGGAGAAAAAAAUUCGCGAAAGUUACAGAAGCAUUCGAUCCUCGCGGAAGAGCCCCCAUAACAACAGCAGGAGGUGUUUCCACGGAAAAGACAUGCAGUCCUCCCUGUUUACUCUCCAAGAGGAGGACCAGCAUGAAUACAGUCUGGACGACAUAGAGCAGGCCCUGGCAAAAGAAAAUGUAAAUCGGGUGUGCGAAUAUUUAAAAAGGCACCUGCAUAGAGUUAACCAAAUGAAGAAUGAGCAAGCGAUAAACAAGCACAUCCACUUCAUCACGUCGCUUCUACAUCUGACCUACACUCAUCUGGGGUUAACUCUCCUCAGAUCGAAACAGGUGUUCCUAAAGAUGUGCCAUCUGAGCAAAGAAUUCCAGCAGUAUAAAGAAAAAAACAAAAAGGAAAAAAAAAAAUUAGAAAAAAAAGUGGAGAGUUAUUUGCAAAAAAUUAAGGUGAGUGAACAGGGUGUGGAAGAAUACGAAAGAGUUAGGGCAUCCUAUGAGGAGGUGAAGAGGGAGAAUGAAAGGAUGAAGAAGAACGACUGUGUUGUGCAUAGGCUGAGGACGAAGGUUCACUUGCUGGAGGCAGACAAAGCUCUGCUGGCGAGGAGGAAAGAGGAGCUGGAGCGCGCGGUCAGGCGGAGCGGUUCACUGGAGAAGCCCCCCCAGGAGAAGCCCCUACAUGGGAAGACCACCCGGGAGAAGCACACCCGGGGGAAGACCACACAGGAGAAGCACACCCAUGGGAAGCCCACUCUGAACCCCCCCACCGAGAGGACAACCAAGCUGGGACACCACUGGGGAGGAAGAACAGGCGGGGAAGCACGUGGUAGACGCCCCUCCCAAGUUCGAACCGAAAAAGGAAAGCGAACCGAAAAAAGAAAGCGAACCGAAAAAAGAAAGCGAACCGAAAAAAGAAAGCGAACCGAAAAAAGAAAGCGAACCGAAAAAAAAGGCACUUCAUAUGGUAAGUAA